AUGGCGGCGCUCAUCAGGCAUGGUUCGCUCGUCAAUCCUUUUAAAUGUUCACCCACUAUCCUUGCCGUGAACACGGUCAGUGUAGAACACUUUCUUUCACGUACACCUUUCAAUCAUUAUCAUUGUCACACGACACUCCCUGUCGGGAGUAAGUAAAUUCAAGUUAUAUGGUACGCGCACUAACGAGAGUACCGUCAUUUUACAGACGAGCCUGCGAUACGAUGUAAUUCGCUUUAAAAGCAAGAAACGCCCUUACGUGCCACCUUGCAAGUUUGACGACGAAAAGAAGUCUCUCGCUAGCAAAGGAUUUUUGAGAUAUCAAAAAGAGUACAAACCACCGGAAGAUUUAUACAACAGGAUAGACAAGAUUUGCGAGCAACAACAAAUUCCCACGGCUCAUAAAACAAAACUCGAUGAUCCGUUGCAACGUUUCAAUCUUUUCUUAGCAUGCGAGCAAGAAUUUCAACAUCUGAUAACGAAUUCUGUAUUGUAUGACAUCCGAACGGUCGGUGAUUUGAAAAAAUACUACAGAAGACACGUUAGUAAUUUAACUCCGUUGGAUGCUAUGCGUUCUAUAGAAUUACCAAAGAAUCUGCAUAUUAAUUAUGAUUAUCUGAGAUUCCAUCCUGAUAUGGAUACGUUGUUCAAUGGAAAAACAGCAUUCCCAAAGAGCUCCACUCUGGUAACUGGUUUGAAAUAUAAGAAAAAAUAUCAAGGGCACAUUGAAGAGGAUCCGUUCUUGGAGCGUAUGCUUAAAAUUUAA